UUGGGGAAACUUGUUUUUUUUACACUAUAACUUCCAGAACUCCCUAAUCAAAAUGGCAACAUGGAUUAGAACUGCUAGGUUGGCAGAAGCUGUGGCUAAUAGUGGAUGCUCACUCCGUUCCCGGGAUUUGAACCUGGGACCUUUCGGUCUGCAAGUUCAGCAGCUCAGCGCUUAACACACUCUGUUAAAAUAGAUAGCAUUAGUUAAAACAUCCAUAUAAAUAUACAUUCAAGAGCGCAUUACAAAUCGUAAUCCAGGUCUGUCCAUUAUUCAUCCUGGUUUCAUUUUUACAGUAAGUGCUGCUUCUAUUGCUCAAUACCAGUUGUUAGGAAUUGUAGUUGUAGUCCAAAACACCUGAAGGGCCAAAGUUUGCCUGUGCCUGAUCUACACUGUAGAAUGAGUGCAACUUGAUCUCACAUUAAGCGCUGUGGCUCAUAAUAAUAAUAAUAAUAAUAACAAUGCUGCCCUGGCAGAAUAUGUAAAGCAAAGUGAAGAACCUGCUUUGAUUGAAGUCAAAAAUCAGAAACUCCUCAAAGCACAGCAGACAAAAAACCAGUACAAGAAAACCGCACUACAAACUAGAGCUGACAGCUGGCACAACAAAACAUUGCAUGGAAAGUUCCUUGACAAAAUUGAAGGCAAAGCUGACAAGGAGAAGACCUGGCUCUGGCUCACGAAUGGGACCCUGAAGAAGGAGACAGAAGGCCUGAUCCUUGCAGCCCAGGAGCAAGACAUCAGAACAAAGGCAAUUCAGGCCAAGAUCGAAAAAUCAGCUGAUGACCCAAAAUGCAGACUGUGCAAGGAAACCGACGAAACCAUUGAUCAUAUCCUCAGCUACUGUAAGAAAAUUGCACAGACAGACUACAAACAGAGGCACAACUAUGUGGCCCAAAUGAUUCAUUGGAACUUAUGCCUUAAGUACCACCUCCCAGCAGUAAAGAACUGGUGGGAUCACAAACCUGCAAAAGUAUUGGAAAAUGAGCACGCAAAGAUACUGUGGGACUUCCGAAUCCAGACUUCCAGACAGAAUUCCAGACAGUUGUGGAAAAGAACAAGGUGUGGAUCAUUGAUGUUGCCAUCCCAGGUGACAGUCGCAUUGACGAAAAACAACAGGAAAAACUCAGCCGCUAUCAGGACCUCAAAAUUGAACUUCAAAGACUCUGGCAGAAACCAGUGCAGGUGGUCCCGGUGGUGAUGGGCACAUUGGGUGCCGUGCCAAAAGAUCUCAGCCGGCAUUUGGAAACAAUAGACAUUGACAAAAUUACGAUCUGCCAACUGCAAAAGGCCACCCUGCUGGGAUCUGCACGCAUCAUCCGAAAAGACAUCACACAGUCCUAGACACUUGGGAAGUGUUCGACUUGUGGUUUGUGAAACGAAAUCCAGCAUGUCUAUCUUGUUUGCUGUGUCAUACAACGUCGUUGUGUCAAUAAUAAUAAUAAUAAUAAUAAUAAUAAUAAUAAUAAUAAUAACUUUAUUUUUAUACCCCACCCCAUCUCCCCGGAGGGACUCAGUGCGGCUUAAAUGGGGCCAUGCCCGACAUAAAAAUACAAUAACAGCGAUAAAACAAUAAAAACAAUUUUUCACAUUGAUAAGACAUCAGCGUCAGUAAAACAGUCAUAAAAAUCAAUAUAUCAAUAAAAUAUUAAAAACGGGAAGCUAAAACAGAUCUGGGCCAAAGUGCAGAAAGACAUCACAUGGGAGAGGUAGUUUCAUGGCUAAAAUCUAUAUAUAUAAAAGGGUAAUGAAAUUUCGGCCUAGGACAAAACAACACAACUACACAUCCCAGAAAUAAUAAACUUGGCAGCACAACCCCUCAUCCAUGCCUCUAUGUUCAUACAACAAAAAGAAAAGAAAAAUAAAGUCCUAAUUAGAGGGAGAGGAAUAAUUGUUUUUAUCCCAUUGCUGCCAGUUAGAAGGCUAAGCUCCGCCCACUUGGUCUCCUAGCAACCCACUCAGCCCAGGGGACAGGCAGAGUUAGGCCUCACUUAGGCCUCUUCCACACUGCCUAUAAAAUACAGAUUAUCUGAUUUUAACUGGAUUAUAUGGCAGUGUAGACUCAAGGCCCUUCCACACAGCAAUAUAACCCAUUUAUAAUGGACUUAAUGUAAGGUAAAACCUUUACCCUUGACCUUAACUACCACCAAUUCCUCAAUAUUUUAUUUCCCAUACCACCAGACUUCGCCACAGCAACGCGUGGCUGGGCACAGCUAGUCUAUAUAUAUAAAAGAGUGAUGGCAUCACGGCGACCCACAAAACAACAAAACUACAGGCCCCCCAACCUCGACAUUUGACAACACAACCCAUCAUCCACGCCUCUAGGUUGAUACAACAAAAAGAAAAGAAAAAUAAAGUCCUAAUUAGAGGGAGAGGAAUAAUUGCUUUUAUCCAAUUGCUGCCAGUUAGAAGGCUAAGCUCCUCCAACUUGGUCUCCUAGCAACCCAAUAAAAAAUAAUAAAAAACACUAAAAAUUAAUACAAUAAAAUAUUAUAAUAACAGAAAAUAACGAAAAAUAAUACAAGAAAAUAAUAAAUUAUAAUAAAUAAAAAGAUAACUUACAAUAAAAUUAAUUAAAAAUACAAAUAACGUCAAAUAAAAAUUACACAAUAAUUUUUAACCAGUACCACCACCACUUUGCCACAGCAACGCGUGGCCGGGCACAGCUAGUAAUCAAUGAAGUGCAAGUAAUGAUGGCCAGGCAUCCUAUUGUUGAGUGGGCAGAUGAAUCAACCUACAAAGAUUAAUCCUCGAAGGCCUUUUGGAAGAGCUCAUGCUAUGGAAUCGUGGAUGCUGUGGUUUAACCAAAGUGUGCCAACGACAACUCUCCUGAUUGCAUAGCAUUGAGCCCUGGGCAAUGGAAGUGUGUGGAUUCUAUCAAGGAGAUGCUCUCCAAAUCGUCUCCGUCUCUCUCUUCCGAGGACUUGCUCUCUGACCCCUGACAAUGCAAUCGGUGCCUUGCGAGAGUUGUUGCCUUUGAGAAACACACCAAACAAACCCUCUCAUUUUCCUCGUUCCUGAAACCUCCAAACCCGGUGGACUCGCCGGGGUGCAUUGCACGCAUUCCUACCAGCGAGGCUGACGGAUACGCCUUGCUGGCUCCCUGUCGCUGGAAGCGCACCAAUCGCACACCCUUUGGACGGAUGCGACACGCCGGCCUGGCAGGACGGACGGACGGACGGACGGAGGGUGGCCAGGCCGCGGCAUGAACCCCACGCUCUCCGAGGCAGCCGGGCAGAAGCUGGGACAUUACUAGGCCUGGGAGACAGAGCUGAGUUUUGGAUAAAAGGCACAGACAGGGGCAAAACUGGUUCAAGGUGAUGGAGGACAGGAAGGAGAAUGAUGCCAAGCUGAGCAAGAGCAAGCAGCCGGUGAAGACCGAGUGGGGAGCCCAAUAUGUCGUCUUCACUUACUUCCAGGGAGACAUUAACAGCGUGGUGGACGAACACUUCUCUCGGGCCCUGAGUUCGACCAAAAUCCCCCAGGAUUUGAGCAGAAAAGGCAACGGAGGAGGAGGAGGAGACGUCAUGGUCAAAACAGAGAGCCACCUGCCUCAGGCCCAGCAGUGGAGCUAUUCACCGCAAUGGGCCAAGCCCUACCCGGGGCCGCUUCCUCCUCUGAGCGAGAGUCCAUCCGCUUUGGCCAGCGCUGACCCCUUCCCGUCUCCCGUCCUGCGGGCCGGCCCUCCUCCGGCCAUGGAGCUGUGGCCCGUGCCCUCCGGCGGGACCCCUGCCCCGGGAUACCCGCCUUCCGUGCCCCUGGCCCACGAAGCCAAGUACGAAGGGUCCUUGCUGGGCCUCUUGCACCAACAAGACAGAGGCCCCUCUUCUGUCCAGGAGCCGACCGAGUCCAGACCCACCUGUCUUUCCGGCUCGGCCAGAUUGCAAAACAUCAGCCAGGGCUUAACUGCUGCGGGAGGUCUCCCGGCUAAUGACAGAAGACGAGAUUUGUUCUUCUAGAAAACGGACACGUAUGUUCAUUAUUCCCACAAAAGGACAUUAAAAAAAAGGAAUUGCAACUGUGAAUAAGAGAAACUGAGGAAGACCAAGAUGAUCAGAUGCUUUGCUCGACUGGGAAAAAGUUGGCCAUGAUUUUGGCUAUUUCUGGGCUCCUUUUUCCCAAUAGGAAGUCACCUAGAAGUCAAAAUAUUGGGGCACAUCUUUGUUGUACGUGAAUGUAACCCUGGGUAAUGUGUAUAUAAUCUAGAUUUUUCUGUUUUUGCGUCUAGAAUUUAUUUUUGGAAAGGCAGGAAGCACUAUGGCUUGUUUCCAGCUUCUUUUGCUCGGAAAGAGAAAAACCACAAAAGCCAACAACUUGGCCGCGGUUGAAAUGUUGUCAUGCGUUCCGAUGGUGUUUUUGCUCUGUUUCUAUAUGUUUCCCUCUCACUCAAGAAGCCAAAAUAUUGCAUUAUGUUGAGCAGUUACCAUCUGGUGUUGCUGUAUAUAUCAUAAUUCAUUCCUUUCCUCUUGAUUCCAAUCUGGUCCUGUUCGUAAUGCCAACUUCUAUCUGAUGAGAGCUGUUUUUUAAAUCCUGGAUGAACUCCACAAUCAAAAGGAAAUCUAGACAUCCAAAUAAAAUGAUUUGGAGCCUUAUCCCAUUUGGGGCAGGAAGUGGAGGGAAUCGUCUUCUUAUCGUAGCGUUUUGUGCCUUUCCAUUUUAAAAGAAAAACAGAUAAUUUAUUCAUCCCUUUACUUUAACAU